AACCACACCGCCAUGCAGAUACCCGGAAGUUGAUUUAGGGAAGGGAUUUUAUUAGAAAUAUACUGUUUUGCUUAGUUAAACUGUUAAUAUUCCAGUUGACAUUCGUGACAACCCAUUGAGAGUGUCUCCGUGUAUCAGGAUGACGGACCAGCAGUUAGAUUGCGCUUUGGACUUGAUGCGUCGUCUGCCGCCACAGCAGAUCGAGAAGAACCUUAGUGACCUCAUAGAUUUGGUACCAAGCCUUUGCGAAGAUCUAUUAUCGUCGGUAGAUCAACCGUUAAAGAUUGCGCGAGACAAACAUGUUGGGAGGGAUUACUUGCUUUGUGAUUACAACAGAGAUGGUGAUUCAUACAGAUCGCCAUGGAGUAAUACGUACGACCCACCGCUAGAUGAUGGCGCGAUGCCAUCGGAAAAACUGCGUCGAUUAGAGAUCGAUGCUAAUGCUGCUUUUGACCAGUAUAGAGACAUGUAUUUUGAGGGCGGUGUGUCGUCUGUCUACCUGUGGGAUCUAGACCAUGGCUUUGCUGGUGUUAUCCUCAUCAAGAAAGCCGGUGAUGGAUCAAAGAAGAUCAAGGGCUGCUGGGAUUCUAUUCAUGUUGUAGAAGUGCAGGAGAAGCCUAACGGGCGCACAGCUCACUACAAGCUGACGUCGACGGCGAUGCUGUGGCUGCAGACGAACAAGCAGGGCUCGGGAACGAUGAACCUCGGUGGCUCCCUCACGCGACAGGUCGAGUCCGACUCGGCUGUCAGCGACACGAGCCCGCACAUCGCCAACAUCGGGCGGCUAGUCGAGGACAUGGAGAACAAGAUCAGGAACACGCUGAACGAAAUCUACUUCGGCAAGACGAAGGACAUCGUCAACAGCCUCCGCUCUGUUGACCUUCUCUCCAACGAGAAACAGAAGGAGGUAUUCAAAUACGAGAUCGCCGAGGCGCUCCGGAAGAGGCAGACCAUCACGACGGACAAAUAGGGGGCGUCGCCGUUGCCCUAGAUGGAUAUUACCAGCGGAAGCCAUUUUUAUAAGAGUAUGUUAUUAUAGGUAUAAAUGCCGUGAAACUUGCAGUCGCGUCCGCGGCGUCGGUACAGGGCGGGAGACGAAGCUCCGUUGCUGUUGAUGUCACUGCUGGUUUUAUCAUGUUUGAGCACGAAAUCGAGUGACAGUGGUAACGCUUAACAGUCAGGGCCUGUGAUUGGCUAUUGGCUUUACAUUCGUGAAGUAACGAGUUCUUUUUAAUUGUCAGAACAGAUUGUAUAUAAAAAAAAUCAUAAAUAAUAUAAUUUUCAAAAUUCGUCGACGUUUCCAAUUCUAAGCUGGAAGUUAUUAUUGAUAUAUUAAUAUUGUGAGGAAAGUGCAACGGGAACACACUCACUAUGUGGUCUUGGCAACUGGUUAUCAUUAAAUUUGCAGCACAGUAAACCAAAUAACCUGAUCAGUUAUUGUAAAGAUGAAAGAAGAUACGAAAUUAAAUAAUUGCCGAUGACAAGAUAGGAUUUUUUUUCGUGCUACUAGAACAAAGCUUGGUAACUUCACUUUGGACUGGAACUACGCAGCUCUCUUAUAAGAUUUGCCACUGUUAAAUCUGUUGCUAUGCUGUCAUCAUUUUCCAAUUUUCAUCUGUGAUACACUUGAAAGAACGUGAUGGGUUUGCUUGCAAUGUGGGGUGUGGCUGUUAGAACUGGGAGUAGAGCGGGUGGUGGCAGAAUCCACAUAGAAAGUUGCUAAAUAUGUAAGCAACCACACCUGAUGUUGAAAGCAGUGCACUUAUAACAAACACGGACAAAGGUCGCAGUAUGCCUAAUUCUCUCAGAUGAAUGUUAUCAGCUCCUUCUUCGGAAUGUAACGUUCAUUAUCGUUCCCGUAAAUUCUAACGUGGUGCCACCUUCUAGCUACAGUCGGCAACGACCACUUGUGCUAGACCCAAGGACGAGAAACUGCCUAUGGUCUUGAAGUCAGCAUUGGUUUUUGCUUUUUUGGUACCGGUAGGGAUGACAUAAUAGUUCAUUUGCAUGUAUACAGCAUUGUAGGAAAUUGCAUGUGAAGGCAUUUGUAACAAGUCGGGCGUGAAAGUUUACAUGAGGUAAUAAUGUACCUAAAUAGCAAAAUUGUGUCAUAUAUAUAUAUAUAUAACAGAGUGGUUGCACAGUUUCGGUAACCGGCGGUAAUACAUUGAUCAUAGUGAGAGAAAGUGUAAAAUUGCAAUUACGGAUACCGAGCAUAACCACAUGAUUUGUUUAAUAUCAAGACUGCCUGAUCUGUUGGAUGUAUUAUUUUCAUUUAUAAGUAUCAGAUAAUAAAAUAUUACGAAAAACAACAUAUGAUAUAUAUAUA